AUGGGCGCAAUCGACGCCUUAAGGGUCGCCGACGAGGCUCCUCCGCAACCAGUGGUGGUGCAGGAAGAGCUCCUUGCCGUCAACAACGUCUCCGACACCGCAAAACCACAAUUGACGGCAAGUGAGAUUCAAGUUCCGGGCAAUGAAAAGGUGGCAAGCUACCCCGAGGCAAAGAUAUCCCUAGUCGACAGAUUCAUCGACGAGCCGAGACCGCUGAGGGUCGCAGUAAUUGGCGGUGGUCUCACGGGCAUUUUGGCAGGGAUUCUGCUACCAGCCAAGGUCCCCAACAUCCAGCUCACCAUUUACGAGAAGAACAAGGACUUUGGGGGCACCUGGCUUGAAAAUGUUUACCCCGGCGUGCGAUGCGACAUCCCAUCACACGUCUACCAGGCCACCUUCUCUCCCAAGACGGACUGGUCGGACGAGUUCGCCCCGGGGGCCGAGAUCAGGGACUACUGGCAGGCGCAGGCGCGAAAGUAUGAUGUGUAUCGAUUUGCCAAGUUCGGCCGUAGGGUAGAGGACGCCUCGUGGGACGCGGCCGAGGCGAUAUGGCGUAUCACCCUGCGCGACGAGGACCUGGGAGAGGAGCUGGUUGAGGUGGCGGACUUUGUGCUGACGGCGACUGGCCGCUUCAAUGCUUGGAAGUUGCCAGAGUACCCGGGGAUAGAGGAUUACAAGGGGGUGCUCCGACACGCCUCAAACUGGGAUCCAUCGUUUGACCCGACCGGGAAAAAGGUGGCUGUCAUCGGCAACGGUGCAAGCGGAAUCCAACUGGUUGCAAAUCUUCAAAAGACGGUUGGGAAACUUGACCAUUACGCCCGCAACAAGACCUGGAUCGCCACAUCAUGGGCCGGGGACGAACGUACUCUAGAACCGCAACCAUAUCCACAACAUCUCAAAGACUCGUUCGAACGGGACCCCGAGACCUAUCUCCAGUUCCGCAAGGAGAUCGAGCAGAAGUACUGGCGCGGCUUCAGCGCAUUCUUCAGGGGCUCCGAGACAAGCACCGACCUGCGCGCCAAGUUCACCCAAGUGAUGCGGCGUCGCGUCGCCGCCAAACCCGAGCUCUUUGACCACCUCGUCCCGGACUUUUCACCAAACUGUAGACGUCUCACCCCAGGACCCGGCUACCUGGAGGCCAUCUCGUCCAACAACGUCGAGUACAUCCGCACGCCGAUCCGACGCUUCACCGAGACGGGCAUCGAGGACGAGGACGGCACCCUGCGCGACGUGGACGCUGUGUUUUGCGCCACGGGGGCUAACGUCGACCACGUUCCGCCCUUUGGGGUGCGCGCUCACGGCCGCGACCUGCGAGAGCUCUGGAGUGCCGGCAGCAGCAGCGGCGGCGGCUACGGCUUCCCCUACACGUACCUGGGCCUCGCGACCCCCGGGUUCCCAAAUCUGCUCUUCAUCGGCGGGCCGCACGGCACCGGCCCAUCGGGAACGGUGCCGCACGCGGCCGAGGUGCAGCUGACGUACGCGGCCAAGGUGCUGCGCAAGGCGUCGCGAGAGGGCGUGCGGAGCAUGGCGCCGACGAGGCGGGCCGCCGACGACUUUGUCGAGUACAGCGAUGCGUUCUUCGCCAAGACGGUGCUGACCGACAAGUGCAGCUCGUGGUACAACGGGGGCAGGGCCGGCGGGCGGAUCCAUGGCGUCUGGCCGGGUAGCGCGGGUCACGUCACUGCGGUGCGGAGGGAGCCCAGAUGGGAGGAUUGGGAGUAUGAGUAUCUGGGUGGUGACGGCGGUGUCUCGGCGAAUAGGUUUGCUUGGUAUUUCGGCAAUGGGUGGACGAGCAAGGAGGCGGACUCGGGGUCGGACAUGACUUCGUAUCUACGGGUGCCUGAUGAGAUUGAUCUACGUGACUAUCACGAGUCUUGGUGGAGUUUGCCAUAG